UGAGCCCGACGCGAGCUGUGCCUCGUAGCGAACUCGAUGCACCCAGCGGCCUGUUCCUAUGCCCACUAGACCAUGUCCCAUGCCCUCCUCCUUCGUCUCUUCCUCUCCCCGUCUUUCUUCAGCGUCCAUGUCGCGUUGCAGUAUCUCAGGGUUUAUGCGGACAACAUCGGUGUCACGUACUACCUCACAAGGAGGCUUCGGGAGCUAGACGCUCCAGAAUUGCGCGAAGUAUGGGGAUUCAUAUGCCACCUCCUAAUAACGAGACCGUCCAAGUCAAGAGCAUUGGAAUGCUUCGUUGUCGAGACUUGCCACAAGUCUACCCAUAUUGCCAUGCUGACACUAUGGUACAUGCAAGCGCAUUUGAGAGACCUGGCAUCUCCCCAGACCAACCCUCAGUCAUUCCUCAUCUGCCAAAGGGUCUUGCAUCAAUGUCACGAGCUCAUUUUCGGUGACAUACCCCAGUCGAGUGCUCCAUACUCGUCUCUCAGCUUGCCAACGCAGCUAGGGCCCUUGCGGACGAAGGUCCGACCUCACCUGCAACCAACUGUAGUUGGUAUUGGCAUGGUCUGGGCAGGGGUCCCGGCCAUGCCAGCACUAACGCAGAUCAUGGGUGAGGUUGCGAUAGAGCAGGGCCGAAUAGAUGAAGAAGGCCGAGGGAUCAAGAGUGUUGAGAGCGCUGAUGAUGAUGUCGUUCGCGGUGUGUCGCGAGAGCCAUCCAUAGACCAGGCGAAUGAGAAGGAAGAUCCGCAAGAUUCUGACGAGGACGACGGCAUCGAAAAGGCACCCUCAAUUGCCCCUACUCUACAGCCCGCGCCAGGGCACCUGAGGUUCCUCACUAGAGAGGGCUCUCAUUCGUCGCGACGGCAGACUAUUGCAGCACAGACGAGCCCGGUGCUACCACUCUUGAAAGGUAUGCGCCCGUAUAGACUCUCGGAAGACCCAUUUGGUCAACAAGACGAUGAUGGCAUGCCCCCGACCGCUACAACACCCUUUCAAUCAACGCCGUCCCUAUCCACCAGCCGACGACGCACCAAAACACUCAGCGUCCAUGCGGCGGACUUGGUGGAGAAGUAUGACUUCCCCUCACAAGUCCACCUUCUACGCAGCCAUUACUGUCGUUCCGAGGUGAAGUUCAUCCUUGCCCUCGAAAACAUCUGCAACCGGCUGCUCGUCGUUCCAAAACCUGCUCGCAUAAGCGCACUAAGGGCGGAAUUGACAGGGAUGAACCAUAUGCUACCCACAGAGGUCUGCAUGCCCAUGUGGUGUAUUUCAUCAGACACUCCUACAGGAUCCCGCGGCAUACCACAACCACACCACCGCAUCGUUCGAAUACCACCAGGUGAAAGCGUAGUACUCAAUUCAGCUGAGCGCGCCCCAUAUCUUCUACUCAUCGAGAUUCUCCACGAUGACCUCGACUUCGACCCCGCCAAACGGAGUAACAAGGAGAUCCUGAAAAAGAUCGUUCUCAAGGAAGUCGAGCGGGAAGGUUCGUCGAAAGACCUGGAUGCCUUCACAGGUCGCGUUCCCAUCCCCCGCCAUUCAAGGACACCAUCAGGGGCAGACCACAACGCGUCAGAGAUGUCCAUCGGGAACGAGAACGAGGAAGUUCGUAAUACUCCUGAGAUUAUCAUCUCUACGUUCCCCGUGUCUCCUCUUAGCCCCAGGACGCUUGAAGACGACGAGGAAGUCGACCUGGUCGAGCAGCUGUACGGCAAUGACAACGCCCUCCGUGCGAGAGAAGUCGACCUCUCCGAGACCGUCGUUCUCCCGCCAGCGCCCAAGAAUAGAGACCUCGACAUCGUCACUUGGUCCCGCUCGUCAUCGGUGCCACCGACACCUAUGCUCGAGAACGUGCCGAGUACCUCACAUCAUACCCCAUCACACAGCCUAUCCGGAAUCCCGCGCCGCUCACAGGGAGUGGGCCUCCAGCCGGAGCCUCUCGCGGACAUCACUGUCAAUGGAUCAUCCCUCAUGCUCUCCUUGGACGAGUACUCCGAGCGCAUGCGUACCGCGGCGGUCAUGCUGGCGCAGCUCAACGCAAGCGUGGUCCGCGAGUCCAUCCUCCCUCUCCCCGUACCGCCAACCCCCUCACUCGACUCGUCCACCUUCACCGCGCCCCUCCGGUGGAUUGCGAGCACGCCGAUUCUUAGCGUCAUGCCCGGCUCGUCGUCAAAUGGCGAUGAGGUCCAGACACCGGUACCGCAGACCCCAGCGCCGAUGCCGAUGAAGCUGCAGCCGAGCGAGGCAGCGGCGAUCCGCGAACGGAUCAUGGGCGAGAUGCUGGCGCUGGAGGAGGAGCGGAUGGCAAGGAUGAGAGAGAGCGGGAUGGGCGAGGGCGUGUUGAGGCUGGGUGGCGAGGAGAACGUGAAGUCGGUGGAGGACGAGCGGAUCAUUCGGAAGGAGCUGAGUAAGGCGGACCCGUCUGCUGUAGUGUUCAGCGAGUCCUGGGCUGCGAAGAAGAGUCGAAUACGGCAGGCUUCACCAUAUGGCCAUCUAGCCAACUGGGACUGUGUCUCGGUCAUCGUCAAGACUGGCGGUGACUUGCGACAGGAGCAGCUCGCAGUUCAUCUCAUCCAAGAGUUCGAGAAGAUUUGGAAAGAGGAGAACUGUCCAUGCUGGGUGCGAUACUUCCGUAUCUUGAUCACUGGCAGUACAUCGGGGUUGGUGGAGACGAUUACCGACGCGGUGUCGAUACACUCGAUCAAGAAGGCUGAGUAUGCGCGAAGGCUCACGCAGGGGCGAUUAGGACACGUCAGCCUGUUUGAUCAUUUCAGAUCAACGUAUGGUGAUCCAUCGUCGGCCAGAUUCGUCAGAGCGCAGCGCAACUUCGCGAAGUCGUUAGCUGGAUACUCCUUGGUCACCUAUUUUCUGCAAAUCAAGGACCGGCAUAAUGGGAACAUCCUGCUCGACCGUGACGGCCACCUCAUUCACAUCGACUUCGGCUUCAUGCUCUCGAACUCGCCGGGGAACAUUGGCUUCGAGGCUGCACCGUUCAAGCUUCCACUGGAGUACAUUGAAGUGCUCGGUGGGCUGAACAGCGGGCCAUACAUUGAGUUCAAGAGGCUGUUCAGGGACGGCUUUGAAGCGGCGCGCAAGCAUUGUGACCGGAUCGUCACCCUGGUUGAGCUGAUGCAGAAGGACUCUGCAUUACCUUGCUUCGCUGCAUUAGGAGAUCAGACAGCGGCACAGCUGCGGGAGCGAUUCCAACAAGGCUUGACGCACGCCUCUGUUGAGGACCAUGUCAACAGGCUCGUUGAGACAUCUUUGGGCUCUAACUGGACACGUCUGUACGAUUCGUAUCAAUACUAUUCGCAAUCUAUCUUUUGAGAUAUGGCUGCGAACUGUGUUUGCUUUCACGGUGAUGACUGUCGUCAGCCGGAUAGUCAGAAAUGGCCGACAGCCAUCAGUUGGUGCUCGCGAGACUAGGCAUCUGUCUCUUGUGCGCAGAGAUACACUCCAUGCAGCCUACCCUCUACUGUCGACAUUGAGCGAACGGCUGGGCGGCACCACAGCUUACACACAAUGCAAUGGAGUCGUACUGUAUGAUCAGCUAGAUGAGACCAACAUCCGAUUGUGCCGGGUUGGAAUGGACAGACGUCUGAAGAGUGGC